ACUCCUCAACAAUCAAAACGUCAAACACAAACUAAAAAAAAGUUUACUAUUUUCUAUUUUUUGUUUACCAAUAAAAAGACAAAUAGAAAUAAAUUUUAUUAAAAAAUGACCGAACAACUUCAUCACAUUGGAACAAAUUUAUUUCCCAAAGACACUAUCGCCAUUAAAAUAUCACCACAAAGUCAAAUAGAUUUCUCCAAAGUUUGUCGCACUUGUUUGCGAGAAACUGAAGAAAAUGAGCUAGAAAAUGAAGCUCUCUUCAUUAUUCGAAGCACUGGACAAUUUGCUAGGCUUCAUGAAAUGUUUGAAGCAUCCACUGGUUUGAAGUUAGCAACUGACGACAAAUUGCCUCGUCACAUUUGCGAUUCAUGUUUGCAAAGCGUUAAGAGUUCCUACAGUUUUCAUUGCCAAAGUCAACGAGCCAAUCAGAUUCUACAAUCUGUGUUGUCUGUGUUGAAAGAGAAUGACAAUGAUGACAAGCCUGUUGGAAGCUCUUUUAAGAUUGAAGAAGAAGUCGAAGAAAGUCUUCCAAAAGAAGAUCUUGAGAACCCAAAAAGAACUUCUCCAAUUCCAGUUGAAUUGGCAGAAGAUAUCCCAAAACCAAAUGAACACGAAAAACCCGAACCUGCCGAAGAAAAUGACGAAGAAGAAGAACAAUCUGAAAUAAUAACCUACGACGACGACGACGAGUUUCCCAUAGACGAAGCAAGUCUUGUUGAAGAUGAUAAUCUCAAUGAGAUACAAGUAAUGUUUGAAGAUGAAGAUGUCCAGGAGAUGAUGGAAAUUGAACAUUUAGAUGAGAAUUUUGAAAAGGAACAAAACUUUGAGCGAGUUCCCGCUCAAAAACGUUAUUCAAAUCAAACUUUUGCCUGCGAAUUUUGUUUAGCUUUAUUCGAUUUGCAACGUCACAUGAUUCAGCAUUACAAAGAUGAACAUCCCGACGAGAAGCCAUUCAAAUGUGAUAUCUGCUCGGUUUCGUUUGUUCAUGUUCAGUCAAUGCGUCGACAUAGAAAAACUCAUGAAGCUUGUCCUAAGCAAAAGCGUUGUCCACUUUGUAAUAAAUCCUUUACUAGAUCCGAUGAUUUGACGAGACACAUUAGAACACACACAGAUGAGCGUCCUUAUGCCUGUUUGGUAUGCGAUAAAGCCUUUAAACAGCACACGGAACUCAAAGAUCACAUGUUGAGCCAUGAUGAUAAAAAAAUGUACAAAUGUGAGCCGUGCAGUAAGGAGUGGCGGUCGAGAAAUGGAUGGUAUUUGCAUAUGAAGGCUCAUCAAGAUGGACGAAAUGGACAGAGGAAACAGAGAGUUAGGAAAUUUGAUUCGAAUUUAGAAAGAAGUUGAAAAAUUUAAAAUAAUCUUUUAAGAUGUUUUUUAAAUUCAUGUUUUUUUUUUUUUGUAGAAGAACCAUUUUUGUAGGGUUCAAAAUUCUCAAGUCAUAGUUUUGUACA